AUGAUGAGCCUCCUCGGCAAAACCAAGGGCGGCGACUACGAGAUGGUGGUGAGCCCCAUGGACGACUUUUUCAGCCCUAACGGCAUCUCGAUCUGCCCUAAUGGGUACGCCGGAUACAACUGUGCUAUUUCCAGUGAGCCGUUCGAGGUGACCAAGGUGCUGGCAGGCUACAUAUCCUUCCUCUCGGAGAUGGCUGACAACUACACCAAGGGCCCCUGCAGGGAGGUGGUGCUCGCUUGCCCGGGCUGGUAUUCAGAAGUGCAAAAGGAGGCGUUGAAAGUGGCCGCAAUGUCCGCGGGGCUGUCGUGCCUGAACGUUCUUGACGAGUGCACCGCCAUGGCCCUCGACUACGGUGUAUACAGGGUCAAACAGCUAUCAGACGAGACGCCGACCACCGUCGCCAUUGUAAUGAUUGGUCACUCCCACGCGUCCGCGGCUGUCUGCGAUUUCUACCAGAACCACGUCGAGAUACUGUCCAAGGUCUCCAGGCAGGACCUGGGUGGCCGCAACCUCGACUACAUGCUCAUGAAGCACAUGGCGGAUGGUUUCGAGAAGAAAUACGGAUGCAACCCACUCGAAAACAGGAAAAUAAGGCUGAAACUCGAGGCUGUCGCCGUUAAAACCAAGCGUGUACUAUCUGCGAAUUCGGAGAGUGGGUACUCGGCCGAGUGCCUCAUGGAGGACAACGACCUGCAAGGCAACAUCAAGCGUGAAGACUUCGAGGAGAUGUGCAAGCAGGAGUUCCUGCCAAACAUCACGGAAAUGCUCAUGGAGUGCAUCAACCUGUGCGGGAAGUCCGUCGAGGAAAUUUCGUGCGUCGAAAUCGCCGGAGGUGUCACACGCAUCCCGUGCGUGCAGAAGACCAUCAGCGACAUUUUCGGCAAACAGCUCUCGCGCACCCUCAACUCCGACGAGUGCGUCGCACGCGGGUGCGUGCUUGACGCCGCGAUGAGGAGCAUCAGUUACCGCGUGAGGAAGUACCAUGUGGUGGAGCGCAUAACAAGGCCGCUGUCGUUUGCCUGCAUACCGGGAGGCGACAUCACCCAGCUAGCGACUGCUGAAACCGCCCAAAUCCUACCUGAAAACACCUCCAAGUCUACGCCAAUCGCCGCUAAAUUGGCAAUCACCGCGCCGACCAUUAUUGUAGCGUCGCUGGGAGACCCGAAAGACCCCGCCGAUGCCUACUUCCUGGGAGCCAUUCAAAUUGUGAAACAGGUAGAGCCCACCGAAGAGCAGGGUGUAACUACUGUAUCUGCGGCAUUCGACGAGAAUGGUGUUUUCGGUUUCACGGCGGUCGAGGGACACGAGUUCGUGAACAUGCCCAGGACGUCCGCGUUCACCGUCGAGGCGUACGCGCAAGCCGAAGCUGAGGCACGGGCGCAAGAUUCCAUUGAAAACCAACGUCUGCGCACGCUCAACGACUUCGAAACGCUCAUAUACAGUGUCAAGGAAAAGAUGCAGGGCUCACACCGCGAAUACGUGGCGCCCGAGUUCGUGAGCACCAUCAACGAGGAGCUGAACAAGUGGAGCAACUGGCUCUAUGACAAUUACGAGGCUUCAUUGGAGGUGCUUCAGGACUCCCUGAAACGCAUGCAGUCCGACUGGGCGCCAAUUGAACGCCUCUAUGGUAUCCAGAAGGCGAAGGAGAACGAGUUGGACGUUUUCCUCUCGGGUCUGCAAUCCAAAUACAGCAUGUGCUGCGAGGACGGACCCAUGUGGUACGGAGCUCCCGAGCAAGAGCGCUUGGAGUUUGCGCAGAAGAUCCAGGCUUUUGACGCCAAGAUUAGGCAGCAGGUGGAGGAGGAGAAGACAAGGCCACGUCACGCCGAGCCGCUCUUCACCAUGGAGCAGCUGCACGCCGAGCUCAAGCAAAUUAGCUCCGACAUUGACGAAUUCUGCCGCAGGAUGCGCGUGCAAAGUGAGCGCCGCAAGGAGGAGGAGGCGGCCGCCAGCCAAAAGACUGAGGAACAGAUACCCUCACAAAACGAGCCCGCGGAGGAACAGCCGGUGGACCAGGACGCGCAGUAA